AUGCAGACAUUUCAUAUUCUUCUCAUGCAUUCUAUAUUCUUUCUCCUAUCUGCACCUUUUAAAGCUAAUGCGCAACAAACCCGGUUUAAUAUAGGCCUGGGAUCUUCUCUUGCACCAACCAAAAACUCUUCAUGGCCGUCUCGUUCUGGUCUCUACGCCUUUGGUUUUUAUCGGCAACGGAAAGGCUAUGCUGUUGGAAUUUUUCUCGCUGGAAUUCCUGAGAAAACUGUAGUCUGGACUGCAAACCGAGAUGAUCCACCAGUCUCCAGUAACGCUACUUUGCUGUUAAAUUCUGAAGGCAGGCUUGUCUUGCAAUCAACAGAAGGCUCAGCUUCUAUAGCUAAAAUUUCAAGGCCCGCCGCAUCCGCUUCCAUGCUAGACUCUGGCAACUUUGUGCUUUAUAACACUAGUGGAGGAAUAAUAUGGCAGAGUUUUGAUCACCCAACUGAUACUAUUUUGCAAACUCAAAGUCUCCUCACAGGGAAGGAGUUGCUUUCAAGUGUUUCAGGAACUGAAUAUUCCAGGGUGAGAUUCCGUCUUAAGAUGCAAUAUGAUGGAAACCUGGUGCAGUACCCAGAGAAUACUGCAGACACAUCUACAUAUGCUUAUUGGGCGUCAAAUACUGGGCUGUUUUUUACAAACGGGUCGGCUUAUGAAGUCAAACUUGAUGUCGAUGGCCAUCUUUACAUGGUUAGUUCCAUAGGCCUCCCCGUAAAAAACAUAACAGAGGGAGGAUAUCCAACUAACAAAGGAACAAUCUAUUUGGUGAAAAUUGAUUGGGAUGGGAUACUCCGAUUAUAUACAUACAAUUUAAGACAAAAUGGUUCAAGGUUAGUUGUGUGGGAAUCUCUGGAAGAUAAGUGUGUGCCUAAGGGUCUGUGUGGCCUUAAUAGCUAUUGUAUUAUAAAACAGAACCAGAAAUUUGGCUGUAUAUGUCUUGAAGGAUUUGUUUAUGUUGACCAAGAAAAUCAAUAUUCAGGCUGUCAAAGAAAUUCCUCAAACCGGCAUGGAGCUGUAAACUACACAAUUCAGGAAUUGGAUAAUUAUUACUUCGAAGAUGUUUCAUAUAAAGUUCUACAAGUAUCCAAAGAAGACUGUAAACAGGCAUGUUUGGAGGACAGUGAUUGCGAAGCAGCACUAUUUAGUACAAAUGGAAACUGCAGAAUGCAAAAGCUUCCUUUGAGAUUUGCAGGAAAAGAUCCCAACGUUGACUCAUCAAAUAUCGUUCUUGUCAAGGUAGAAGUUACUUCAUCCUCCACUGAUAGCGGACCUGUUGAGCUCAAAGAAAGCAAGAAACAUCUCCCGGUGGAUAUGAUCAUAAUUGUCUGUUCUUUAUUUGUUGCUUUUAUAUUUGUUAUUUUCGCAAUAUUCGGUUUUGUUAUCUACAGAUAUCAUUGCUGGUCAUAUAGGAGAAUUCUUGACGAUUGCUUUUGCGAGGAUAUUGCCCCCACAUCAUUUAGUUUUGCAGAGAUUGAAAAAAUGACUGAAGGUUUCAAGGAAGAGAUUGGUAGAGGAUCUUCAGGUACAGUUUAUAAAGGGACAAUGAUGAAUUGCCAAAAGUUAGUAGCUGUCAAGAAAUUAAAGAAGGGGUUCGCUGAAGAGGAAAGGGAAUUCCUGACUGAGAUUAAGGUAAUUGGGAGAACCCAUCACAGGAAUCUAGUUCGUCUACUCGGAUACUCCUCCGAUGGACCCAAAAAGGUGUUGGUAUAUGAGUACAUGAGCAAUGGUUCUCUUGCUGAUCUUCUCUUCACUCCAGAAAAGCAACCUAACUGGGUUGAAAGAAUAGGCAUCGUUCACGAUAUAGCAAGAGGCAUUCUCUAUCUACAUGAUGAGUGUGAAACUCAGAUCAUCCAUUGUGACAUAAAACCUCAUAAUAUACUCAUGGACGAGAAAAUGCAUGCAAAAAUUUCUGAUUUUGGAUUAGCAAAGCUGAUGAAACCAGACCAAACUAAAACUUAUACAGCAAUAAGGGGAACGAGGGGAUAUGUUGCACCAGAAUGGCAUCGAAAUAUACCUGUGACAGUGAAAGCGGAUGUUUACAGUUUUGGAAUUGUGUUCUUGCAAAUCAUAUGUCGUCGAAGAAGUAUGGACGAAAAUCUUCCGAAUGAUCAAGUUAUUCUUGAAGAUUGGGCUUACAAGUGUUUUGAUGCUGGGGAGUUGAUUCAACUAGUAGGUGAUGAAAAGGUUGAUCUAAAACAAUUAGAGAGGAUGAUGAAAAUUGCACUUUGGUGUAUCAUUGAUGAGCCAUCCCUUCGUCCUUCAAUGAAGAAAGUUUUACUUAUGCUGGAAGGGACUGUAGAUUUUCCAAUGCCUCCUAAUCCUAUUUCGUAUCUGAGGACUAUCUAAGUCUUGUUUGUUUUUAUAUUUCUGUUUUAGCCUUCAAAUGUCACUAUAAUGGAAAAUAAGAU